AUGAAUAAAUAGAUCAGAGACAAAGAAAACAAACCACUUAUUGACAAUGCCAGAUUCAAAAGAAUAGGCACUACUGAUAGAACUGCAUCGCCUAUAAAUCAAAUAUUAUCUAAAAUGAGAAAAUAACAAUCCCCCCAUUUAUCUGCCAGAACUCCAAAGGAAUGUUAGAGUAGAAUAUCUAAUGAUUGUGAACAAUAACUGCAAUUUGAUGCUAUUUUAGAGAUGGAAGAGAGAAAACGUAAAAUUAGAAAAUUUAAAUAAUGCUUAACUGAAAAUAUUGAAAAAUUAAAAGAAUUUGAUGCUAUCACUCAACAACUUCUAUGCUUUGAGGAUUGCCUGACUUAAAUUCUAAAAAAUAUUAAGCAAAUCAAAAGUGAAAUUUCAGAAUAGAUUAAGUAGCAACAAAUCAAUUAAAAAAUCAACAUCCAUCAAAUAAAGGAGUCGAUAAAGUAGAUGUCUGAAGACAUUUCAUUGAAUGAAUUUAAUAUUAUAAAGGAAAUGCAAAUGAAACCCUUUAAUAACAUAAUGUCUCAUUACAUGAAUAAAUGUGAAGGGCAUUUGGAUAAAAUUGAGAAUAUGAUCAGCACAGCUAAAUCCUAACUAGAAUUCAAGGAAAUGUGUAGAUAAAUUGAAUAGAAACUAUUGACUUUAAGAAAUUAAUCUCCGCAUUUUAAGGAGGUAUGA